CAGUGUCCCUGAACGCAGCAGCGGCCCGCAGUAAACUGCGCGGUGCCUGUGCGGCGCUGCGGGUCGGGAGCCGGGGCGGGUCUUCUCCCGUGUCGCUGCUACAGGGACACCAAGAUGGAAAUUCAGGGGCUUUCUGAUGCCCACAACAUUCACUCUCAACAUGGCGCCCUACAUAGAACGGCUUCGUCUCCGCUUCAGUCCGCGACGGAGGUAAUUUCUCGCUUUAUUUCCACCGAAAAUGAAGCGGAUGGAGCGUUGGAGUCGUCGUGCGACAACAACACCACCACCAGCGGGCCCGGAGCGUCUGCCUUUCUCCUGCCGGUGGAGAAUGGCAGCGGGACUGUUGGUAAACUGCGAACGAGCGGUUUACCGGGUAAGACCGCACAGCUCCGUAACGUGAGCGCGGAGAAAGACGGCGGCUUCGACGCGCCGUUUGGCUCGCAGGAGUGGGAGGGCGGGCAGGCCGGAAUGCAAAUGGCGCUGUUUGACGGGGAAGAGGAGCCUCAGCAGCGGCCGCUACGGCAGCAGCCGGGCGGCGCGGCCUGCCGGACCCCCGGCAACCCCCAGGAACUGUAUGUGGUCUUUAACGUCGUUCAGGACAAUGGCAACGCGGAGGCCAACCAACACCGAACGGUUCCGUGGACUAAAGACGGUCAGAAAAUGGUUGGUAAAAAGCCUGACUGCUUCAAAGGCAGCUCCUGCGGGUUCACGGACGUAGAAAGCGGCGAUAACCCUUUUCUGUGCGGAUCUAUCGAAAAAAACGAGCCUCUUUGUGACGUUAUAAACGAGAGUCCAACAGAGGUGAAGCAGACUGAUUAUUGCCACACUGUAAAAGAUGUCGUUUUGACCAACAAAUAUGGCGAUAAGAUUUGUGGGCAUAUUUGCACUGAGGACGACGGAAUGAAGUUGACCUCUUGUCAGGAAGAGGGCAGCGCCCUGAUUUCAGGUAGCGCAGAUGUCAUGGACACCUCUGCCUUCAUUUCACAUUCAGCCGUCUUACAGGAGACCUCAAACUCGACCACGGCCUCUACAAGUACCCCUGCCAGUGAAACCUUCUCUGGAACUAUCACAAUCAACAACCAAAGCAUCAUAGUGACGAUAGAAAAUGGAAUACUGACUUUGGCUGCUCCACCAGAAGGCUAUGUUCACAAAGAGGAUGACAUGGUCAGUUUAAAGGAACAUCUAGGCAUGAAGGACCAUGAGGAUAUUGUUCUCCUCAACUAUGACAGUGGAACAAAGUCUAUCGGGAAGAUCAGCACCUUGACAAUGAGUGGCUCCAGCCAGCAGGAAGAACCCAGGCCUGGCUUGUCAGUAAGCGAUUCUGAGUUAGCUCUGGUGGAUGACUGUUCCUUGUCAGAGCUUGGAACCUCUUUGGACUCCUGCUCCGUCAUCAAGCAAGAGACAGGGCCUCUGUGUGCUUUAACUGAGGCAGAUCUGGUCACCCCCUCUCCCAAAGCUGCUAUGGUUGACUGUGACAAUGAGGACUUGCAUUCUUUACCCCUAAUGAGAUCCAAGAAGGACACUGUAGUCUCGUUUGGGUGCCCAGAACCAGGCUGCUCUUGUACCUUUGACACACGCCAGAAGCUCAAGGUUCACCUCCUGAAUCAUGCCGAGGACCCGCGCCCCUACCAAUGCACGAUAGAGGGCUGUGGCUGGGCUUUCGCCACCUCUUACAAACUAAAACGUCAUCUUCAGUCUCAUGACAAGCAGAGACCACAUACCUGUCAGUUAGAAGGUUGCGGACGGCGUUUCACGACCGUAUACAACCUCAAAGCUCAUGUUAAAGUCCAUGAACAGGAUAAUGCUUUCAUCUGUGAGAUCUGCAGUGAGAGGUUUCGUAGUGCAACACGGCUUAACAAUCACCAGAGGGUCCACUUUGAGCCCCAGAGACCUCACAAGUGUGAAUUCCCAGGUUGUGAGAAGGCCUUCAUCACCUUUAGUGCCCUCUUCUCUCACAACCGCACUCACUUCCGAGAAACCUGCCAUUUCACAUGCACGUACCCAGGCUGUGACAAAACGUAUGACAAGGCAUGUCGCCUGAAGGUCCACAUGAGGAGUCACACUGGGGAGAGGCCUUUUGUCUGCGACUCGGAGGGUUGUGGGUGGUCCUUCACUAGCAUGUCGAAGUUGCUCAGACACAAAAGGAAACAUGAUGAUGACCGUCGCUUUGUCUGUACAGAAGAGGGUUGUGGGAAGUCCUUCACACGAGCAGAGCACCUUAAAGGUCACAGUAUCACUCAUCUGGGUACCAAACCCUUCCAGUGUCAUGCAGAAGGCUGUAAUGCCAAGUUCUCUGCACGCAGCAGUCUGUAUAUCCAUUCCAAGAAGCAUAAGCAGGAUGCCAGCACCCUGAAGACGCGCUGUCCUGUAGGCAACUGCUCGAAGCACUUCUCCUCCCGCAGCAGCCUUAAGAGCCACAUGCUCAAACACCACCACCUCAGUCCUGAUGUUCUGAGUCAGAUGGAGACCACGCCCACUCUAACCCCCAGCAGCGAGCUCAUCAGCUCCACGCCAGCCACUGUUGCCGGGCCUGGUAUUGCUGGUGACCAGCUGACUAGCUUGGACCUCAGCUCCCUGUUCUCCAGUGUACCCGGAGGUACUGGAGCCACUACCGGCAUUGGAGUGGGAAUUCCUGUUGGUGGGAACAAUUCAAAUGGCACUUUCACCAUGGACCUGUCUUUGGUCAGCUCAGGCAUCCUCACAAUUGACCCAUCCUCAGUUAGCAGCACACUCGGUACUGGUAACAGUACCACCUUGGCAAGAGCUGUAGACUCUCUUAUCUUGCCGGCUAGUGUUGAUAUUACCCCCCACCACGGUCUUGAAGGAACUGUGGGUGAUGUCUUGCCUCCACAGGGCACACUUAAUCUGGAUGAUGUGCAGACAGUUACACCAGAGGCCUUGGGAACUCUGGCAGCACUCACCAUGCAAGGUGCUGGUGUGUCAGUGGACCCGACUCUGCAGCACCCACUCGGCCCUGCCAGUGCCCUAAGUGCGGAGGCCUCCUCUUCCCUAGCAGUGACCCCUGUUGCGGAACUUCUGGCCUCACCCUCAAAGGUGGUGGAGGUUGGUGGUCAGGGAUGUGCGGGGCCUCUGCUUGGCUGUGUGGAGGUGCUGGGACCUCAGGAGGGAGGAAAGGUCCUGACUCAGUUUGUUUUCCCUGCCCAUAGCAGCGGUUUCAGCCCACAGAAAGACCCUGAGCUCAAUGCAGUGUCACCAAGCAGCUUCCUGGAUAGUGGAGGCUCAGCCAGGACGGACUACAGAGCCAUCCAGCUUGCCAAGAAGAAGAAGCAAAGAGGCCCAUCAGCCUCAAUAGGCAGUGCAGGACUAAACCAGAGAAAAACUAAGGGUGCAAAACCUGUCAACACUCCAGGGUCAUUGGCUCCCUCUAAUGGCCGUUACGGUGAAAAUGCAGCAACAGCCAAUGGGGGUCUGACGCUGCGUGACCCUGUUACGGGGGGGCAGUAUGUCCAGAUUCAGCUGCUGCAGGAUGACCCAGUCAGUGAUGGUGACCUGGCCUUCCAGCUGAGCUCUCAGCCAUCCAGCUCGCACUCUCAGCUCACUGUGGACCUGCCUGUCAACAUUUUACAGGAACCCUCAGUGAUGACCGAGGAUGAUCACGGUUCUGACAACUCCCAGUUCACAGGAAGCACAAUCAAUCUUCAAGACCUGGAGUGACCUCACACUGCUGCAAGGUGCACUGAAAUAGACUCUUGACCAUUUCACUUUCCUUUAGUUGUCCUCAGACACAGUUUAGGACAUCAAACAUAACCUGAGAGAUUUUACUACACCAUGGAUUUUCCGCACCUCUAAUCAGGAUUGAGAGGGCCUUUCCAUACUUGUGAUCACUUCAGGUUGUGACGGGCCAAAGGUGGAUGCGGUCCCACAGAUCAUGCACCCUGGGGCAAAGAUGGUUUCUUUGGUCAGAUGAUAUGCCAUGAUUGUACCUAAAUGAAAUGAGAGGUCCUUAAUGUAGUUUAACAGUGUCUGUUCCACGGUGCUACAUUAUCACUUGCACACACGGUGCACCGUCUUUGCUCUGGUUGCCUUACAGACGCCUCACGCUGUGCACACUACUACUGCCUGCUCAUUUGCUUUAUUUGUUGCAAUUAUAAUUUUAUAACUUUUUGAUAUUUUUCUAUUGUUGCCAUGCAUCCAUGUUGACGACAACAUCGUGUACGUUUUUAUGUACUGGUUUACAUUUGUGUAUUAAUUCUUCUGUUUAAUAUUUAUUUCAUUGUGGGUUUACAGAAUGGCAGAGCCAAACAGAGAGGAAUUAAAGAAUCAAAGCACAAUCAA